AUGGUCGGUCUAUUCUCGUUCUACGUGAACCUCGGAAGCAUUAUCGGCUCGGUGAUCGACAACUACACUUCACGCUAUCUUUCCAAACUCUCGUAUCAGAUCCCUCUCGCCUGCAUGUUCAUUGUUCCAGUCCUGCUCGGCACAGCACUUUUCUUCGUCCCCGAGAGCCCUCGAUGGCUUUUGCACCACGACCAGCACGACGCAGCGCGCAAAUCCUUGGAGCGCCUUCGUUUCGACCAUGGGGACGAGUUAGAACUAGAAUGGGCCGAGAUGAUCCGUGGCGUAGCUGAAGAGCGUAGACUGAGCCAGAGUUCGGGAUUCCUGGAUCUCUUCCGUGGAAAUGAUUUAAGACGUACAUUGCUUUGUUGGGGUACGAUCGCAAGCCAGUCAGCCAGUGGGGUUUGGUUCUUCAUUGGGUACCAAACGUACUUCUUUACCAUCGCUGGUAUCACAAAAGCGUUCGAAUACAGCAUCAUGAACUCUUGUAUUGGGUUUAUUGGUGUACAUCUAGGUCUCUUCUCCAUGAACAAACUGUUCGGCAGGAGAACAAUCAUGAUCACCGGAGCCAUAAUGUGCGGUUUAUGUGAGCUCGCUUGUGGGAUUGCGAGUAGUGCGAAGCCAAAUUCAAAGGAAACCGGGAAUGUGUUGGUAGCUUUUACGGCGCUGUUCAUGUUUUGUUAUAAUGCUGGAGUGGGUGUUGCCACAAGUCCUCUAGCAACCGAGCUUGUUAGUUCGCGACUGCGCGCUUGGACUGUCGGAAGUGCGAACGCAUUGGGGUACUUUCUUGCUUGGCUGGUUGGCUUCUGCUCACCCUACUUCAUCAACCCCCAAGAUCUUGACUGGGUCAGUACAACCACUCCUUAUGAAAUAUAG